UUAAAAAAAAAAUCAAGUAGUUGACCGACCUAAACCGACAUCAUGACCACCGAACCAAAACAAACGCAAUCGAAGUCAUUCCAGAAGUCUUCGUGUCUGAACUGAAACGUGUUUGAACAGAUCACAAGAACACGCAGUUUCAUAUGAAAAAAGUAGGAAAGAACUGGUCACCCUUCUCUUCCUCCUCAUUUAGAUAUAAAACCCAUCGAUAGAUUCUCAGACACCAAAUCCAAUCAAAACUCAGAACCCAACAAAACAAAACAGUUAGCUCAUCCAUUCCUGCAUUCUCGGAACUUCCAAGAAAACAUGAAGAUGGAAGCGGGUUUCGCGGUUUUUACGGUUUUGGCCAUGAUCAUGUGCUCGUCGAUGGUCUCUGCCCAGUCUUCGAGUUGCACCAGCGUUCUGAUCAGCUUGUCGCCAUGUCUGAACUACAUCACUGGAAACUCCUCGAGCCCUUCUCGGCAGUGUUGCAGCCAGUUGGCUAACGUGGUCGGGUCUUCGCCCGAGUGUUUGUGUCAGGUCCUGACCGGCGGUGGCUCGCAGCUUCAGGGGUUCAACGUUAACCAGACACUGGCUCUGGGUCUGCCCAGAGCUUGUAAUGUUCAAACCCCUCCUCUCAGCUCCUGCAAUGGUGGUACUCUAGCUGAUUCUCCUGCAGAAUCACCAAACGCUUCAGGACCUGGAAAUGGAUCAAAGACUGUUCCAUCAGCGGAAGGAGGAGAAGGUUCAUCAUCUGGUGGAAGCUCUGUCAAGCUCUCCUUCUCUCUCCUCGCCUUCCUCUCUGCAGCUUCCCUCGUUGCAGUCUUCUCGGCCUAGUGAUUGCAUUCCUUUUACUCUCUAUAAAUCCCCUCUGCUUUUAGGGUUGAUAUUUGUUUUGUAUUGAUGGAGAGAGCUUUGUUUUGUCUCUCUUUACCUUUCGCAAUAAAACUUUCUUUCUGAUUGCAUUAUUGAAAAAAAUUGAACAUAA